AUGGCGGGCCGGCGGGCCCCGGUGGAGGUGGCGCGGGCGCUCCCGGUCCAGGUUGAACCGAUCCCCGGCCCGGACCCCUUCCCCCAGGGGUUCGUACAUCUAGUCCUCGAGCUCCCGUCGGAUGUUUUGUACUAUGAACAGCUAAAAUCUAAUGUGAUUCUCCAUGACCUUUUGGUGGACAGCCUGAUUUAUAAAGAUGUGAAGCUGACGGCCAGCAAUGACGACUAUUAUUUUGUAUUUGAAGAUUAUUUAUAUCAGGUUUUGCUGUGUUUUUCUCGAGACACCUCGGUCCUGCAACACUUUGUGUACAACAGUGCGACUCCACCCAAGUCGUACAUUAGAGGGAGACUGGGGAUGGAAGAAUACGCUGUCUGUUAUCCACCAAACGGUGUAAUCCCUUUCCACGGUUUUUCAAUGUACGUUGCUCCGCUUUGUUUUCUGUAUAAUGAGCCUUCCAAGCUGUAUCAGGUAUUCCGUGAAAUAUACGUGCGCUAUUUCUUCAGGCUUCAUUCCAUCUCUUCUCAUUCUUCCGGCAUUGUGUCGUUAUGCCUGCUGUUUGAGACUCUUCUCCAGACACAUCUACCACAGCUCUUUUACCAUCUGCGAGAAAUUGGGGCACAACCCCUGCGAAUAUCAUUCAAAUGGAUGGUCCGCGCAUUCUCCGGUUACUUAGCCACGGAUCAGCUCCUGCUUUUGUGGGACAGGAUUUUGGGAUACAACUCUCUGGAAAUCCUUGCAGUCCUGGCAGCUGCCGUGUUUGCUUUCCGAGCAGUGAAUCUAAUGGAGGUGACAUCACUGGCUGCCGCUGAAGCCGUCCUCGCUGAUCUUUCGACUCUGAAAGUCAUGCCUCUUCUUCAGAUUUUUCUGUUUGCCACCGGGACUUGAUCCUCCCUGGAACGCCUGGACUGCAGUGUGCUAGACCUCCGUCGGAUGCUAAUCGUAAACUAUGCAACAUCUUAACGAAAUCAAAUGAAAAGUAGAUUGCCAUGAAUAAGUUGUUUUUUUUUCUCGUCUGCACUUCUUACCUGGGAAAACAAAGGCCCUGAAUGCUUCUGAAAAUCAAGUCACAUGGCUGCAUGCUGCUGAAUGUGAGCCGAACUACAGCACCUGGACAUAAUGCAAGUCCCAACACUGCCGAUCCACUCAAACGCAGACCCUCUCAAAUGCCGCUGGAAGGAAAGACUACUGAUUUCUCCAUCUAAGCACCACCCUUUUGCUGCUAUGAAACUGGAAGGGAGGUCUAUUCAUCGUUAUCCCGUCAUUCCAUCUGUCAUCUUAAAAGUCCUGCAAUACUUGAAAAAGAGAAGGAUUCAAAUUACGCUCCCUGGGAAUCUGCCCACGGCAGUACCUUUUUCUUUUCCUCUUUCUUUUUCGUCUUUGGUUUCGUUUGUUCUCGACGGGAGGAGUAACAAUAGCCUUUUCUUUUCAAAACAGAAGUCAAAAGUGUUGUGAGAGAGGCACUGUUCCUUGUGUGGUGCGUGGCCCUGUUCUUCCUUCUGUCCCGCUGUUCCCUUUGGCCUGACAGGAUUUGCAGGUUUUUGAAGCUCCACCUAAAAAUCUGCAAGGCCUGUUUACCUCUGGGACCCACAGAAAGAGAACAGGGGAGGGGAGCUCUCGUGUGUCCUCCCUUCCAGUCUGCGCAAGCAAGGGAUCCGUCCCCACUCUCCAUCUCCUCCUUCCCGACUCUCCCAACCACAGCAUGUUGCAAAGCUGUACGUCCUCUGCAAAGCGGCCUGGGCGCACAGCUUCCUUCAGAACCCUUUUUCUGUACGGGAGCCAAAGCAGUUGCUUGUGCCUGACGUCAGGAGCCCCCGCUUUCUCUCCCUCGACUCCCAACUCCUCUCGAGCAGCUGAAUGUGCUGCCUCUGCCCGUUCCCCAGCCCCGGCUGGCCUACCAACUCGUGUGUCAACUCGAGGAGGAGCCUGGGCUCGUAUUCCGGCGUGACUCGAGUCGCACUGCUCCUAGGCAGGCAGAUGAUCUCGCACUGGUGCGUCACUGAGGGUUUCUUUUCCCUCUGGGGAUUUCACUAAAGCCUCCCUAAAAGCCCAAUCAAUUACCAGAUUAUUCUAAUUUAGCCCACGGACAGCUGUCGGCCAAGAUUGGGUGUCAAGGCAUCCCUUGGUGUAAAGCCGCCUUGCCUUGUUACUUCGACUGCUAAAGCCUUGUUACUCUUUGUCCAAUCUGUGCCCUUGGGUCCAUUUGUAGUGCCCAGUGGCUUCCAGCCAGAACCUGACCCGUUUUAUUUUGUCAGUUGAAAGGGAGUUUGUAUGACUGUCCCUGUGCUGCUGAGUGUUGAAACCUUUACAGUGUUGAAAUCUUUCCAGCAAGUGAGUUUCUUUUCAUCCGAUCCACCAGAUACUCCGUGAGCACACACGCUGUUUGGCCAGGGCUUGUGCCUGAAGGCUUUGUGGAGGCCUCCGUUGUCCACUUGAUUGAUGCACAUGGGACAUGCCCAUGAAUCAAACACUCGGUAGAAAGUAACUUCAGGUCCAGAGUUUAGAUGUUUACUCCUGUGCAUGUAAGAUGGUGGCAACUUAUUAAACCGUUUUCUGAAAGGAUGAGUUGAAGAAUUUAAAACGUGACAUUUAUUGUACCAAGCACGGUCAUUCUUUCCUUAUGAGGCUGCAUUGCCGCUGGAGCUUAAGUUUCACCUUUUUGUU